AUGGCACAGACCCUGCAGAUGGAGAUUCCAAACUUCGGCAACAGCAUCCUCGAGUGCCUCAAUGAGCGGCGGCUGCAGGGACUAUACUGUGAUGUGUCAGUGGUGGUUAAGGGCCAUGCCUUCAAUGCCCACCGUGCUGUGCUGGCCGCCAGCAGCUCCUACUUCCGGGACCUAUUCAACAGCAGCCACAGUGCUGUAGUGAAACUGCCAGCCGCCGUGCAGCCACAGUCAUUCCAGCAGAUCCUGACAUUUUGCUAUACAGGCCGGCUGAGCAUGAACAUGGGGGACCAGUUCCAUCUCAUCUACAUAGCCGGCUUCCUGCAGAUCCAGGAGAUCAUGGAGAAGGGCACCGAGUUCUUCCUCAAAGUUAGCUCUCCAAGUUGCAACUCCCAGGGCCUGCACCCGGAGGAGGCCCCAUCCUCAGAGCCUCAGAGUCCUGUAGCGCAGACACUGGGCUGGCCAGCCUGUAGCACGCCACUGCCCCUUGUGUCACGGGUCAAGACAGAACAGGAGUUGGACUCCGUGCAAUGUACACCCAUGGCCAAGAGGCUAUGGGAUAGCAGCCAGAAGGAGGCUGGAGGCAGUGGUAGCAACAAUGGCAGCCGCAAGAUGGCCAAGUUCUCCACACCAGACUUGGCCCCAAACCGGAUGCCCCAACCUGUCUUAGUGGCCACAGCUACAGCAGCAGUGGCUGUGGUUACAGUGGGGGGAUGUGUGAGUGGACCAAGCAUGUCAGAGCUGACCAGCCCAGGUACCUCCAGUGCUUACACCAGUGACAGCCCUGGCUCCUACCACGAAGAGGAAGAUGCAGGUGAAGAGGGUACAGAUGAGCAGUACCGUCAGAUCUGCAGUAUGUACACCAUGUACAGUAUGUUGAACGUUGGUCAGUCAGCUGAGAAAGUAGAAGCCCUCCCUGAGCAGGUGGUCCUCGAGUCCCGAAGUCGCAUCCGGGUGCGACAAGACCUGGCAUCUCUCCCAGCUGAACUUAUCAACCAGAUUGGCAACCGCUGCCACCCAAAGCUCUAUGAUGAAAGUGACCCCUCUGAGAAGCUGGAGCUCGUGAUAGGCACCAAUGUGUACAUCACAAGGGCACAGCUCAUGAACUGCCUUGUCAGUGCAGGCAUGAGGUACAAGGUCUUGCUGCGGAGGCUCCUGGCAUCUUUCUUUGACCGGAACACACUGGCCAAUAGCUGUGGCACUGGCAUCCGUUCUUCCACCAAUGACCCCAGACGCAAGCCGCUAGACAGUCGCGUCCUCCCUGCUGUCAAGUACUACUGCCAGAACUUCGCCCCCAACUUCAAGGAGAGUGAGAUGAACGCCAUUGCAGCUGACAUGUGCACCUAUGGCCGCCGAGUGGUGCGUAAAAGCUGGCUGCCCAAGACCAAGCCACCGCACCUGGUGGAGGGUGAUAGCUACAGCAGCUUCAUCAACGACACUGGCAAGAUAGAGCCGGACAUGAUGAGCAUGGAACACAGCUUCGAGACAACCAGCCACGAUGGCGAGGCCGGCCCUUCGGCUGAGGUUCUCCAGUAA